AUGGAGCUGCAUCAAAUCAACAACAAGAAAGAAGAACCAGAAGAAAAAGAAGCAAAAAAGCAAAAGGGAAACCAGAGCAUAGAAGACCAUGAAGAUAGACCUGAAUAUGUUCAGCUUGAUCUUCUCCCUCACACCCCAGUCGCUGUUUCUCGCAGUUUUUCUAGGGGCAUGGAUAUGAAUAGAUUGCCGCCGCCGGCGGCUGCGGAGGAGGAUGAGGCGGCGAUGUCGUCGUCUCCGAACAGCGCUGCAUCGUCGUUUCAGAUGGAUCUCAGUGUGUUUAACAGAGGAGGGAGUAGUCUUAGUGGCUGUAAGAGAGAUUAUGACGGAGAGUUAUAUUAUGAUCAAAGGGCUGGUUCUUCAAGAGCAAGCGACGAAGAUGACAACGUUG